GUGCUAAUAACACAAAAGUCACAAGUUUGAGAUCUUCAUGAACUAGGGAUUGUUAAUCCGUAUGGGACCAUCCAGAUUGGUCCUAUGAAUUGUCAAUUUGUAGGCUAUACGAAGAAAAGAAAAAACAAGGAAGGAAUGUAGAAAAAGAAAAAAAAGAUAAAGUUGAAAAUUUUUAAAAAAUGUUGGGUGUAUAAUAAAUUUGUAGGGUAUUGAAAGAAUAAUCCAAAUCUCAUUCACAUGAAAACUGUUUAGAACUCAGAAGGCCUGAGCUUGACUUAAAUGAUACUAACAUAGAAAAAGAAGGUUCCUUCUCUGGAAGAAGUUUUAUAUAUUCAUUGGCCAUGGGUUAGUGUCAGUUCUUGCGAUUAAAUUCCAGUAGAACGCAGAAACAGUUCCCUAAAAUCGUAUGUAUUUCCCAAUUAUAUGCUGUGCAAUCAUUCAACAUAAAUAUAAUAUAGUAAAAAAUUGCAUCUGUUAUGCCAUAGUCUUGGCUCUUGAUUAAUAACUAGCAGUAAUCAUAUAUCUAGGUAGUUAUUUGCAUUCAUUUAUUUCAUACAUAAACGCUAUAUAAAUACUACUUUCACAAUUGUAUGAUCGUAAUUUGCUGAAAUUUAAUUUUGAUGCGUUGUUGAUCAGAUUUUACCAUACUGUUAUAUAAUAUUUCGCUAACUUCGUUUAAUAAAUUUGAAUAUGUUAAUAUUUACACAAUAUAUUAAACUCGGUUAAAUUAAAUAGAUUAUAUUUGAAAUAAUAUUUCUUAGCCACAAUAAGAUUGUAUGGAUUAUAGUUGCAUAAAAAAUAAUACACAAGUUGUUUUCUUACCUAACAACUAACACACAGCUCAGAAUCAUAAAUUCGUGUAUGGAGAUUAUUGUUAACUGAAAAUAAAUGUCUUAAGAGCCUAAGAAUUGCUUUCGUCUUAAUAGCAACGAACCGUCUCUUACCUAUUAUGACAAGUAGGCAAUCCUUAACCAACAAGUCUUGUAGAUGAAAAAAAAUGUGAUUAUAAGAGAGGAUUCCACUAUAGGUUACUUUCGACAAAGAUUAGUGACAAAAGAAUAGGCAAUCCUUUUUCUGUUAUCUAAUAGUGUCAGUUACUUUUUUAUAGCAUUAUCAGCUGAAAACAGAAAGCUGGAUCAUUUCAGAGUUAGCAUAAAAAUUUUGCACUUAAAAUAUGAACCAUCCUUGUGCAAAUUCUAAGAGCCUACUGUUACAAGUCCUUAAUGGAUGUCUUCUAUUAUGCAUGAUCUUAAUCAAGGACUCAGCAAUAGCAGCAAUCCCUACCGGAAAUGAAACUGAUUUGCAAGCUUUAGUUCACUUCAAGAGUAAGAUAGUUGAAGAUCCAUUCAACACUAUGAGUUCUUGGAAUGGCUCCAUCAAUCACUGCAAUUGGAUAGGAAUCACAUGCAACAUCUCCAAUGGAAGAGUCACACACCUUAGCCUUGAGCAACUGAGACUAGGAGGCACUCUUACACCCUUCAUAGGAAACCUCACAUUCCUCACCACAGUCAACUUGUUAAACAAUAGCUUCCAUGGUGAAUUUCCUCAAGAGGUUGGUCGUUUACUAUACCUUCAAUACCUAAACUUCAGCAUAAACAACUUUGAUGGCAGUUUUCCAAGUAAUCUCAGCCACUGCACAAAUCUAAGAGUGCUAGCUGCAGGUCUUAACAAUCUUACAGGAACAAUCCCAACUUGGAUUGGAAACCUUUCUUCCUUAUCUCGCGUUAGCUUCGGUUUAAACAACUUCAUUGGACGCAUACCACAUGAGGUAGGCCUUUUGUCAAGCUUGACAUCUCUUGUGCUAUAUGGGAAUUACUUAACUGGCACAGUUCCUUCUUCAAUCUAUAAUAUCUCUUCCUUAUACUAUUUCACUUUUACUCAAAACCAUCUUCAUGGAACCUUACCAGCAGAUGUUGGAUUUACUCUUCCUAACAUUCAAGUAUUUGCUGGUGCGGUCAACAAUCUCACAGGGUCUGUUCCUGCAUCGUUGUUGAACGCAUCAAAACUUGAAAUUCUUGACUUUUCCUUGAAUGGUCUCACUGGAACACUGCCUAAGAACUUAGGGGUAUUGUACAGGUUAACUAGACUUAGCUUUGAGCACAACAGACUUGGAACUGGGAAAACAGAUGAUCUUAGCUUUCUUGAUUCUUUGGUCAACUGCACAGCUCUACAAGUUUUACGUCUAGGCGUAAAUAAUUUUGGUGGGGUGUUGCCUAAAUCAAUUGCUAACUUUUCAAGCCAACUGCACACAUUUGCCCUUAAUUCUAAUAGAAUACAUGGAAAUAUACCUGCUGGAAUUGGAAAUCUUGCUAACCUGGCCCUUAUAGGAUUAGAAGGAAACGAGCUAACCAGUGGUGUUCCUGAUGCAUUAGGUAGGCUGCAAAAUCUGCAAUUAUUGUAUCUGAAUGUCAACAAAUUUUCAGGUAGAAUCCCAUCCUCCUUGGGAAAUUUAUCUUUAAUAACAAAACUCUUUCUGGAGGAAAAUAACUUUGAGGGAAGCAUACCUUCUAGUCUUGGAAACUGCCAAAAGUUAUUGGUACUCAGCCUUUAUAGCAACAAGCUCAGUGGCACCAUACCAACAGAAGUUAUUGGUCUUUCUUCACUAGCAAUAUACUUUGAUGUGUCUUAUAAUGCUUUGUCAGGGACCCUGCCGGUUGAAGUGAGUAAGCUACGUAAUCUUGCAGAGUUGGUUCUGUCUGAGAACAACUUUUCUGGAGUUAUUCCAUCUUCUCUUGGCAGUUGUAUUAGCCUGGAAAAGCUGCAUUUGCAGGGUAAUUCUUUUGAGGGAAACAUUCCUCAAACUAUAAAGGAUUUGAGAGGUUUACUAGACAUAGAUCUUUCGCGAAAUAACUUGUCCGGUAAAAUUCCGGAGUUUCUUGGUGGAUUCACUGAGCUCAAACAUCUCAAUCUUUCUUACAAUAAUUUUGAAGGUGAAAUACCAAAGAAUGGAAUCUUCAAGAAUGCAACUUCCAUUUCAUUAUAUGGAAAUAUCAAGCUAUGUGGGGGUGUCUCAGAACUAAAUUUCCCUCCAUGCACUAUAAGGAAGAGGAAGGCCUCUCGGCUAAGAAAACUUGUUGCCUCUAAGGUGGCUAUCCCUAUAGCUAUUGCACUUAUAUUACUAUUGCUUCUAUCAUGUUUUCUUACAUUGUUCCCCAUAGUAAAAAGAGCAAAAAGGAAAACUCCUACAUCAACUACUGGAAAUGCUUUGGAUUUGGAAAUUUCUUACUCAGAAAUUACCAAGUGCACUGGUGGCUUCUCUCAGGAUAACCUGAUUGGUUCAGGAAGUUUUGGUUCUGUAUACAAAGGAACUCUCUCGGGUGAUGGAUCAAUUGUUGCAGUUAAAGUGUUAAAUCUUCAGCAGAGAGGAGCUUCAAGGAGCUUCAUUGAUGAAUGCCAUGUUCUGAGAAGCAUAAGGCACCGUAACCUUCUCAAGAUCAUAACCGCCAUCUCAGGUGUUGAUCAUCAAGGCAAUGACUUCAAAGCUCUAGUGUUUGAGUACAUGCCUAAUGGAAGUCUAGAAGAUUGGUUGCAUCCAGUAAACAAUGUGCAAACUCAGACUAAGAAACUGACAUUUAUCCAAAGACUGAACAUAGCAAUUGAUGUUGCUUGUGCACUGGAAUAUCUCCACCACUUCUGUGAAACUCCAAUUGUUCAUUGUGACAUAAAGCCAAGCAAUGUACUUCUUGACAAUGAUUUGGUUGCUCAUGUGGGUGACUUUGGAUUAGCUACAUUUCUGUUUGAAGAAUCAAGCAAGUUUUCCACACAAUCAGUUAUUUCAGCUAGCCUAAGGGGUUCUAUUGGAUACAUCCCUCCAGAGUAUGGUAUGGGUGGGAAGCCUUCUACACUUGGAGAUGUCUACAGUUAUGGGAUACUAUUACUGGAGAUUUUCACAGGAAAAAGACCAACAGAUGAAGAAGCAUUUGAAGGUGGCAUGGGAAUUCACCAGUUUGUAGCAAUGGCUUUACCUAACCGUGUCACGGAUAUAGUUGAUCCUUCAUUAGUUUCUGAACAAGACUUUGAUGAGGAAAAUCAAGAAUUUGAGGAUGAAGAGAAAGCAAUAAGGAAGAACUAUGAGAUUGAAGCCUCAGCUAAAGGUUUGAUGGAGGAUUGCUUUGUGUCACUGAUGGAAAUUGGAGCGUCUUGCUCUGCAAAUCCACCUAGUGAGAGAAUGCCAAUCACAGUGGUGAUCAACAAGCUACAUGCUAUCAAGAACUCGUUUAAAAAGAUAAAGCAUAGUGCUAUAUGAACAACAUUUAGGAAGGGAAAAAAAAUAAGAUAAUGAAUUAUGAUAUGUAAACACCACAAGAUUUUAUGUAUAUCUAUCUCUAUUUAAAUCACACUUGGUUGAAGUAUUAUAAAUUGCUUGUAUUGUGUUCAA